GCGUCAACCACUUACGCCGAGUCGCGUUUUCCCCCACGCCCUUCGACCAACGCCUUCGUCAACCCUGUCAAUUCAAUGCAAUUGUCUUGGCCAUACGCCUGCAUUGGAUACUCGAGCUCGUUUGCUUGAUCCUUUUCAAACGCACUUGGCUGAAUUGCUCUCACUUUGUUUGGCUAGGCCACUUCUUCCUUUUUUUGGGUGGAUUUUCUUUUCCUUUUUCCUCCCCUUUUCUUCUUCUGCACGCACAUCUCAGCGUCAUUGCGCUUCGCAGUGGCGAGUCGAGUCAGCGCCGUGAACUCGCAACGCACAACGCGCAGCCCGAGUUCCUUCGGUUGGACUUAUUCUGCAAAUCUCUUAGAAUUCUUACUUCCCAUUUGCUUUAUUCUCGAGGAACAUGCCCGCCAAGUCGGCAUCCCCGGCCUCCGAGUCGGCAGUCUCGACCUCCAGACUCCCCACGAGCGUUCCCAGCUCCCCGCCAUCAGAUUCGUUCACAGAUGAUGUUCUGGUUAAGGAAGAACGGUUUGCAAGAGCUCAGAAUGACAGGGUUGAGGAGAACAGAAAAAUCGCCCUCCUUCGCAAACGCAAGAAGAAGCAGCCUGAAACCAAGGCCGAGCGUGAGGCCAAGGCAAAGGAACUGGAUGAAUUGUUAAUGAAGAGCGCUGCAUUCAGCGACAUCUUAACAAAGAAAACUCAGGUUUUGGGUCGCGUUGGAAGCGGCCUGGACGGCGCGACCCUCGGCGAGCAUAAUCUCCAGAUGGCCAAGCAGCCGAAGUGCUUAGUUGGUGGCACCAUGCGUGACUACCAACUUGAAGGCCUGACCUGGAUGUACGAAAUUUGCUCUCAGGGAAUGAGUGGCAUUCUCGCCGAUGAGAUGGGACUCGGGAAAACCGUUCAAACCAUCUCGUUGAUUGCUUUGUUGCGAGAACAGGAAAACUAUCUUGGGCCUCACCUCAUUGUCGCACCCUUAUCAACGCUAUCGAAUUGGAUGGACGAAUUCCAUCAGUGGACUCCAUCAAUCCCUGUGGUCAUGUACCAUGGUAGUAAAGACAAUCGGGAGGAGAUUUUCCAGAAGGAGAUGAUGCACCAUCUUAAGAAAGGUCGCCCUACAACUAAGUUUCCUGUGGUGUGCACGUCUUACGAGAUGGUGUUGAGGGACCAGCACAAUUUGUCACGAAUUCAGUGGGAAUUCAUCAUCAUUGAUGAAGGUCACCGAAUGAAGAAUGCCGAGUCAAAGCUUUUUCAGCAGCUACGACAGUUCACCAGCGCUACUCGUCUUCUAAUCACAGGAACGCCUCUCCAGAACAAUCUCAAGGAGUUGUGGUCGCUUCUUCAUUUCCUUCUUCCCAACAUCUUCACCGACUGGGACGCCUUCGAGUCCUGGUUUGACUUCUCCGAUCUCGAAGACGAGCAAGGAACGCAGGAGUUUAUCGGUGAUCAGAUGAAACAAGAUCUUGUCAAAAAGAUCCACCUCAUUCUGCAGCCCAUGCUUCUACGCCGCGUCAAGCAAGACGUGGCCGCGUACCUACCCAAGAAGAGAGAGUAUGUUCUCUUUGCUCCCAUGACAAAGGAGCAGACCGACCUGUACAAUGUCCUCAGCAACAAGAAGAUCGACAGCCGGGCAUACCUGGAGAACAAGGUUGUCGAUAUGAUCAACAGUACGCCAUCGUCAAAAGUGGCCAGCCAGAACACUUCUCGCUCGGGAAGUAUUGCACCCACUCCAACUUCGAAGGCAGCAAAGACGAUGUCUCUCCCAAUCCACGAAAGCCCACAUAAGAAGCGGGUAGAUGACAAGAGCACUGCACCGACCCCCAAUGCGUUUGCGUUUAUGAUGGGCAAGCGUGGCAGAGGAAGGCCGCGUAAGAAUCCCAAGCCUGACUCGCUAGCACCAGUCACACCAGGUGGAAAGCGAAAGGCCCCUUCAACACCCGUUAUCUCGGAGGCCAAAAGUGCGAGAUCAAGCCGGCAGUCGACGCCUGCCAGCUCUCGUAGGCGCCUGCAGAAAUCGAAAACUUACAAGGAGGCAGGAUCGGACGAGGAACGCAUGUCUGACGACGAGUUUGAGGCGAAACUUGCAAAGGAGAUUGCUAGUGAUGACUCCGGCGAGGAAGAUGAUAAGCCUCAAAUGUCGACCGAAGAGCUUGAGCUUGCCCAAACGCUGGAGCUUGCUAAAAAACAAAUCGCCCAGAAAAAGCUGGGCAAUCCCCUUGCCCAACUUCGACUAGUUUGUAACAGCCCUCACAACUUUUACAACCCAUGGGCUACUGCGACGGACGUGCCCGUCGAUGAUUCUAUCGUUACAUCCUCAGGCAAAAUGCUUCUCCUAGACCGUCUUCUCCCUGCACUGUUCAAGGAUGACCACAAAGUGCUCAUUUUCUCUCAGUUCACCACGCAGCUGGACAUCUUGGAAGAUUAUUGCUCCGAGCUGAGAGGUUGGACGGUUUGUCGUAUUGAUGGCUCCGUCUCUCAAGAGAGUCGUCGAGAGCAGAUUGCAGCCUUCAACAAAGACCCCGAGUACAAAAUCUUCUUGCUGUCUACACGCGCUGGCGGCCAGGGAAUCAAUCUUGCUUCAGCAGAUACCGUCAUUUUGUUCGACUCCGAUUUCAAUCCACAACAGGAUUUGCAGGCGCAAGACCGCUGUCAUCGCAUCGGACAGACCCGGCCUGUUAUUGUCUAUCGCCUUGCAACAAAGGACACUGUGGAAGAGAAAUUGCUGCUCAACGCCGAGGCCAAGCGUCGCCUCGAGAAGCUGGUCAUCAAGAAGGGAGGUUUCAAGACUAUGGGUCAGAAACGCGACUUGAACGGUGAUCUUGAUCCAGAAAGCUUAAAGGCCCUAUUACUCAAAGAUGGCGAGGUUUACAAGUUGUCUGGAGGAGAAGAAAUCCUGAGCGAUAAUGAUUUGAAGGUGUUGUGCGACAGAAGCGAGGCGGCCUACCAGCAGGCUGCAAGUGGCGAAGGUGAUGCCGAUGGUUAUCGCGUUGUCGAGACUGGUGCGGACUCGAUCAAAAUGGCCCGAAAGGACUGAGGACGAUGGUGUGAGGGAGAAGCCUACGGCUGAGAUGUCACCGUUGCUAUCUGUACGACUAACACGACUGGAAGAGCUCCAUUGUCAUGUGCUAUACUACGCUGAACAUUAGACGACCAUUUGUCGC